GUGGAAGGCUUUGUUCAAACUUACAUUAGACAAUGGAUUUAGGCUUCACUUUAAUUGUGGACUAAAGCUUUUAAAGCUUAUUCUCAAGUAAAAGUGUUAGAUAUAAUAUUAAUCAGAUCAUACAUGAACAUAAAGAGCUAUGACAUAAAAUAAUCAGUGUGAAACGGUCACAGCCGUGUACGUUAACUUCGCCAUCAGGAGUUAUACUAGAGAUUUUUUCAAAGUAAUGAUGCAGACAAAUCCUUGUUUCGGGCGGACGUCAAACGUGGGAACGAAGUGAAAUGUCAAUCGUGAUGCUGUGAGCACAGAUAUCUAUGGUUUUGGGUAUGGGUCGCUCCGGCGAGAGUUAUCCACACUUCGCCAGCAGAAAUCUUACACAGGGACAGUAGCUAGUCGAUGUGAUAUUUGCUCAUGGACUGUCAGUGUCAAGAGAAAGUGUCCGUGCCCAUAUACACCGGCAUUGACAAGGAUCGAUUUCUGCAGGAUAUUUACCCUUUGAGGACUCCUGCAGUAUUGAGAGGUAUAUCCCUGGGGCCCUGCACUGAAAGGUGGACUGUGGACUACCUCAGUGAAAAAGGAGGGACUACUGAAGUGAAGAUUCAUGUGUCAGCUGUGCCACAGAUGGAUUUCUUACGCAAGAAUUUCCUGUACAGGUCAUUACCCUUCUCAGUGUUUGUCAAAAGAGCAGCAGAGGAGAGGCACUCUGAGUACUUCAUUUCUGAGGAGGAGAGCUACUACCUGCGAUCACUGGGACAGGACUCUCGCAGGGAAGCAGCUGACAUCCAGAAGCAGUUCCCUGGCCUGGCAGAGGACUUCUGUAUCCCAGAGUUCUUUGAGGCAGAGCGAUUCUUUUCAAGUGUAUUCAGGAUCAGUUCCCGAGGGCUGCAGCUGUGGACACACUAUGAUGUGAUGGAUAACCUCCUGGCCCAAGUCACUGGGAGGAAGCGUGUUGUUCUCUUCAGCCCCCGAGAUGCACAGCACCUCUACCUAUCAGGUGACAAGUCUGAAGUUCUGGACAUUGACAAUCCUGAUUUAGGCCGGUAUCCUGGAUUUGUGAAAGCGCAGCGUCACGAGUGCAUCCUGGAGCCAGGAGACCUGCUGUUCAUCCCAGCUCUGUGGUUCCACAACACCUUGGCUCUGGAAUUUGGGGUAGGUGUCAAUGUGUUUUGGAGGCACCUCCCGCCGGAGUGUUAUGACAAAAACGACCCCUAUGGGAACAAAGACCCAGUGGCGGCAUCGCGGGCUAUGCAAGUGUUAGAGCGUGCUUUACGGACCCUGGAAGAGUUGCCGCCAGAAUAUCGGGACUUCUAUGCCCGGCGGAUGGUGCUUCACAUACAGAGCCGUGCUUUUAACCCCCAGCCAUCAGAGGUGCCUAAGGAACAGGGCUCUGAUGCAGAUGGAAUGGCAGAAGACCAUAGGACUACAACUCCUAACAGCCCUCUCUCUCUUCCGGACAAACAGUGAAUGUCAGUUUUGGAGGGUUUUUUUUGUGUCCUGUGCACAUAUUUUGAUUUAGGGGAGGUUUAGGUUUGGCACAAUAAAGCCACGAGGAGAUAUAAAAACAUGGUCACCCAUGACUAUCUGAAUCAAGCUCUGGGUGAUGCAUGAGAUCAUGUUGCCAGAUGCAGCCAUGUUUUUAUGUGCACAUUUGUGUCUGUUCAGCUGUAUAAAUGUAUUCAAGUGUAAGUCCCUUUGGAAAAAAGCAUCAACUGUAUAAGAAUAAUAAGAAGCAUACAA